AUGGUGAUCCUUGAUACCUUUGCAGAACUGAAGACUGUGUUCUUUGCUGUGAAAGAAAAGGAUAAAAAGUUUUGCAGUGUGUCAGAUGUUAAGCAUGUUUUGAUUUGUUCCAGUAGCCGGAUCGAGCUGGGAGAUGUGACGCCACACAACAUUAAGCAGCUGAAGAGACUAAACCAGGUCAUUUUUCCUGUCAGCUACAAUGACAAGUUCUACAAGGAUGUACUGGAGGUUGGCGAGCUAGCCAAAUUAGCCUAUUUCAAUGAUAUUGCAGUGGGAGCAGUGUGCUGUAGAGUAGAUCACUCCCUGAACCAGAAGAGACUGUACAUCAUGACACUCGGAUGCCUGGCACCCUACCGAAGGCUAGGAAUAGGAACUAAAAUGUUGAAUCAUGUCUUAAACAUCUGUGAAAAAGAUGGCACUUUUGACAACAUCUAUCUGCAUGUCCAGAUCAGCAAUGAGUCUGCAAUUGACUUCUACAGAAAGUUUGGCUUUGAGAUCAUUGAGACGAAGAAGAACUACUACAAGAGAAUAGAGCCCGCAGAUGCUCACGUGCUGCAGAAAAACCUCAAAGCCUCUUGUCUUGGCCAGAACACAGAUGUGCAAAAGACCGACAACUGAACAAACCCCCAACGAACACUUUCUUGCACUUGCUUGUCGCCAAAUAAGGAAAGAGAGGCCUCUUGAUUUUUUUCUUUU